AUGGCGGGUGAGCCAGUGGCAUGGCUGCAGAUUCAAGUCGCGGGUGACAAUGCUUAUGGAACGCACGGAGGCAGGAUCGAGGUGUGUGGGAACGAGCAGUUCUAUCUUGGGAGGGAUCCAGAGCUCUGUCGUUACUCGUGGAGCGACGACCUCACCAUCUCAAGGAAGCAUCUUCGCAUACACUGCAUUCUCUAUGAGCAGGACCCGAUUGCUAAGAUUGCACCAUUUGUAUAUGCGACUGAUCUCUCGGCAAAUGGUACCUAUCUGAGAAAGAGCAAUUCAGAGUACACAGCAUCGCAAGAUGCGGGCAUUCUGAUGGGUCCCAAGAGCACCUUUCUCCUAGAAGACGGGGAUGAGAUACGCAUCUCAGACACCGUCACUCUGGUCUACUGCCCGAACACGUUGGUAGAGCUAGUCAAGUUGACCGCCAUUCAGGAGCGAGAGAGACAAACGUUCGCAUCGCGUUAUCUCCUCACCGGUCGUUUGCUCGGCGAAGGCGGUUACGGCAAGGUCCUCGUGGGCAUCAACCAAGAGACACAGCGACAACUUGCAUGCAAGAUUAUCCGGCUGGAUAGGAUGUAUGACACAUUGGCGAUGUCAAACUUGCAGAAACCGGAGAGAAAACGACUGCCAACACGAGUUACCAACUGCUUCCGCGAGUUCGACAUUCUCAAAGAUCUUAGCCAUCCGAACAUCAUCACCAUCGAAAAGGUCUUUCGAAGUAACAAUACCAUCUAUAUCUUCGAAGAGCUCGCUACAGGCGGCGAUCUGUUCUCCUUCAUUGAGUUCAAAGACGGCCGGAUCGAUAGUUUGCAGGCUGCAGCUAUCAUCUACCAAGUCUUGAAGGGAAUAGAGUACCUUCACGAUCGAGACAUCGUGCAUCGGGAUCUCAAGCCUGAUAACAUACUAAUGUCCUCACUCGAAGACGGUGCUCGCGUCGUCAUCACCGAUUUUGGCAGUGCUAGAUUCCUCCCUGGAAAGAACAGCCAAAAUCCACUGCAAAACAACAAAUACCAACGAAUGUUUUCGUACGUUGGGACCCUAGAGUACGCGGCGCCUGAGAUUCACCGACUCAAUCGAGCAAUCCCGGUUGAUGACGGCUACUCAGAGGCUGUCGACAUGUGGUCCAUCGGCUCGAUUACGGCUACCAUACUUACAGGCGACUUGAUGUUCAGUGAUCGCAAAAAUCCGGAGUACAGGACUGACCCUCGCGCCGUGAUCAUGGGUCUUGCAGCAAUCUGUGACCUCAGUCAUCUGGAUGAUCCGCAUCACCCGUUGUGGAGCAACGUCGGCGACCAACCAAAAGAUUUCGUCAAAAGUCUGCUCAUCCUUAAAGAGGAAGAGCGGAUGACGGCGUCGCAAGCUCUUGCACAUGUGUGGUUCUCAUCGUAUGCUGAAGACUUCGAGUACUUGUACGCAAACUCAAUCGCAGACUGGGAACCUAGCGAGAAGAACCGAAAUCUUGUCAAUAUCAUCCCCAAGUCCAUACCAAACGGUGCCUCUGCCAAACUAUUCGGCGGUGUUCAGAUUCCAGGAACCAUCUCGCGACACUUUGCUUUGCAUCAGCCCCGAGACACGCUUCAGAAGAUCCCGCCAUCUCAGGGUUGGCGUGCAAACACUCCGUUACCAUUCAUCAUGCAAGACUAUGAGGCAGCUCAAUCUGCCAGUCAAAUCCAGGCCCCAUUUUACGAAGGUGCCGAAUCCUAUCACCAAGGACAGCGCCAUGAACGUUCGGUCAUCAAAGCAGCCGCACCAGGUAUGUAUCAUGCGACUGAAGAUGCAGGCGAUGACUCUGAUGGCUCUGAGAAGAGCUUAAACGGCGUCACUGAUAGCUACUUACAACAAAGAUACCACGAACAUCUACCCCAGCCUCUAUAUUCUCGGGAUGAGCACGAUUUUGUCCUGGUAGGCGAAACACCCAUCGACACCUAUUACCAACAGCAGCAGGUUCAGGACGGUGAUCAAGAUUCAGUCCUCGUACAGGAGACGCCGCCUGAGUUCCUGCGCUUUCAUGAAAGCUCUUCGGACAAUGGUCUACCGGCCUGCGAGGCGUGGAACGUUGAUGAUGCGUCACGUGUAGGCGGUGAUGCACAUACUGCAAGAAAGCGAAAGAAGCUUUCGCACUAUAUACGCUAA